AUGGAAGGAGACGGCGGAUGUUCACCCACGUCCAGCGGCGAAAAGAGAAAAAACAGAGACGUCGACAAACCCUACAGAGGGAUAAGGAUGAGGAAGUGGGGCAAGUGGGUGGCUGAGAUUCGUGAACCCAACAAACGUUCACGUAUUUGGCUUGGCUCAUACUCCUCUCCCGUCGCUGCUGCCCGUGCGUAUGACACCGCCGUCUUUUACCUCCGCGGCCCUUCCGCCAGUCUUAACUUUCCGGAUUCCAUAGGAGACGAGGGAUUCCUCCAUGACCUAUCCGCUGACUCGAUCCGAAAAAAAGCUACUGAGGUAGGAGCUAAAGUCGACGCCAUCCAAAGCCAAAACCGCGGCCCAGAGCUCCACCACUUGCCGCCAAAAUCAUACUCCGGUCGUGUUUGCUUAAAUCCAGACCUAAACGAGUACCCAAGUCCAGAAUCUUCAGACGAAUGUUAG